AUGCCUCGCGGAGCUGAAUACGACGACGGUGUCCCCCACAGCGACAACGCCAUCGAGGCCGGCCAGACCAAGGUCCACGGCACCAACCCUGAUAACGACACCCUCAACCGCGCCCAGCGCACCGCCCCCCUCCCCGAAGAAUCCGGCCAGGCCAGCGGCUUCAUCAGCGCCCAGGGCAGCUCCGGCCCCAACAAGACCGGCAGCGGCAAGGGCGGCCACGAGCCCAACACCCUCGGCGGGAAGAAGGGGACCGGUGCCCUGCCCGGCCAGUAG